CCGCCGUGCUAGACGCGGGACAGUCACGCGUCGCGCCUCGUCUCGUGUUGGCUUGCCGCGCUGCGAUCCGCCCAGCGGCGAGCGACGAAGCGAGCACACCUGACCGGUACGACGACGCGUGCACCACAUCAUUUCCCAUUGUACGCGCGGCCCCGUAGCAGUACCGCGGGACGCAUCCAACGCACGUGCUCAGUGCACAGGGACGCAUUUUAACGGUACACCCGUUACGCACGGGACGCUGUCGCGUUCCCGGCCGUUCCUCCGGAGACCAAGGGACACACCAUCAUCCAUCGCUCCACUGCGUCCACCUCGCUGAAGACGACGUCGCCGCGGACUACCGCUUCGCAGCCGUAGGACAAUCCAUUAAAUAUUCCAGAGCUGGCACGACGGUUACUCAUUUGAUAAACGCAUCAUGAGACGCAGGGCAUGAUUUCGGCCGUGUUUGGUGCUCUACGGAAGGGAACAAGGUAGAAAGCAGCCACAUUAAUUAGUAAUGGCUGCGAAAAGAAAUUAUGGUGAAUUUAUAGAACACAAAAUAUUAUUUAUACUUUUCAACAAGUCGAACAUUUGGAUUCAGAUUAUUACGUUUACAACACUCCACUAUGGACCCAUAGUGUAUAUAUUUUGUACUCAAAUACGAGAAGUGGACAUGACGAAGCUGUUUUGAAAUGAAGGGUUCCGGUAUCAACGGUUUCCAAGUACCUUCGCCAUCGCCCGUUGAAAAUGACUCCGCAGAUGACCGUCAACAUAAUGCGACUUCGAACGUGGGCCAUAAUCCUUUCGGCGAAUACGGCGAGAGGAACUCCGAACAACUGUUGCUGGAUGGGCUAAAUCCAUCAAAGUUAUUUAUUCCAUCAUCAAACUCUCCGCGUUGCAGUAUUGGUUCCUCUGCAUCAGACCACCUGAGUUUCGAAAGUCAAUUAUUGGAAGUGGCUAUUCGAACAAAUGAUGUUUCAAAAGUUAAACACUUUUUAAUGAUACACCGAGAUAAAUUUCAGAUAAAUUCAAAACCACCGGAAAAUACAUUUAACAAUGCUCCACAUAAUUCUGAAAUAAACUCACAAAAAACAAAAACUCAAACAGUCAGGUCCGACAACGAUGAUUCGCCCCGCGAUUCCUUGUCGUCGGAUGGCCAAGCACUGUUGUCCUUCAAGAACGCUCUGCACAUGGCCAUCGAUCACGGUUCGUUGGACGUGGUGCGAACACUUCUCGAGAACGGCAUCAACCCGAACGCCGGCGGACACGUUCCGCCGGAUGCGCACCGGCAAUCGCGGUCGCAGUCGCCGCCAUUCACCGCAACUGGGCUCGUCGACGUCCCAUCGGCCGGCGAUGGCCAGUGCACGAUCGACGAGGACGCGGCUCUCGGUCCGGCGAACAAGGUCACCGUCUUCGCCGAUCGUCGCACGUGCACAGACGUGCACGUGCCGGCGGCACGCGAGCCACGGCCGAACCGAGAACUGGUGAUCGUGCCGGCGUCACCGUCACCGACGUCGGCGGUUGUGGCCAUCGCGGAGCGCUCGGCCAACCGUUCGGUGAUCCUGCGGCAGCGGUCGCUAUCGCUGGACAACGAAAAGCCGCUGAAAAAGAGCCGAGCACUGUUCCAGAGGCUGCGGGCCGGUUGCAGCAAGUUGAUACGGUCCACGCCGGCCGAGCUGUACGUCGGUGGUGGCAGCCUCGGACAUCCGCAAGCCGUGCCGGUCACCGUCACCGCCGUCGCCGGCCCGGAGCAGCCGAGGAAAGCGACGUGUGCGGCCGCCGGUUUCAUGGCCACCGCGCCGGUCGAGCUCAAGGGCAUCAUGAGCGAGCUGCGCCGCAGCAGCGACGUAGUCCGGGCCAUACUGUGGAACCUGUCAUUCCGGGACACUUACAGCAGCGGAAACGUGAGCGACAUAGACAGCAGCAACGAGCUGGACGUGGACACGCUGUUCGACCGGCACGAGCAACGCCGGUACGCGGACUAUGAGAUGGAGAACGGCGGCCGCUUGCCGCUGCUCGAUUCGCUGUCGUCGCUCCAAUCGUUUCAGUCGCUAUCGUCCGCCGGCUCGUGCUCCGCGGCCGGUUCCACGGCUCCGGAACCAGCGCCGGCCGUUUUCAAGCUCCAGUUCCAGACGUCGCCGCUAACGCAACAGCAGCCGUCAAUGCAACCACAGCCACAAACUCCGCCAUCACCGCCGCCGCCGCCGCCGCCGCCACCGCCGCCGCCGCCGCCACCGCCACCGCCGCCACUGCCGUUCAGACGACCACCGCCGCCGCCCACUUUGCCGCUAAUGACCGUGCCGCACGCGCCGUCGCCACUGCAACCGGAAUCGUCGUCGCUGUUGAGCGCAGACAAUGACGACUGUCCUGCGGUCGUGCCAAAAAUGAUUUUCAAGAUCAAGAGCUCCCUGUCGCUGGACCGCAUCAACGAGAUGGCCCACGUGUACACCAAACGGUACCUGAUGACUUUGCCGCCGCUUUUCUUGGCCGUGGUUCGGCAAAACCCAACCGUCAUCUAUCUGCUCCUCAAGCACAGCGCGUCACCGAACAUUCAGGAUGUGUAUGGAAAUACACCACUUCACUUGGCUAUCAUGCAGCCAGAAAUUUCUUGGAACUGCGUUUUGGACCUUCUCGAGUUUGGUGCAAAAAUUUGCAUUAAAAACACCACAGACAUUUGCCCAUCGGAUAUAGUUAACUCUUUAUUACGCAUACAAGUUUACAUGAUCAACGACUGCUGGAAGAUUUUAUCUGGAUCAACGGCUGUCACCAAAGAACGAGUAUGGCGUUAUAAUUUUGCCAAUAUCGAGCAAACGGUCAAACCAACGGAUUUACCUACUUUGCCAUCGAGAUUAUUCCGGAGAAUGAAAUUCACACAAACUGAUAGUGGAGAAGAACAUCACAGUAAUAACAUAGAUGAUUUCUUUGGAUCAAUUUGGUCGCUCAGGAGUAAAGUUAGCAAUAAGAGUCCAGAUACGGAUGAAGUACGUACUCAUGCGACAUUGCAAUCUAACAAAACGAAGUGCGACAUGAAAACUAGUGUUUACGAUUACGGUAUUAAACAUAAAAAUUCAAAAGCAUUAAAAUUAUACAAUAUUGAAAGAAAGUUUCAAGUAAUUUCACAUCUUUCUGGUAAUGUGGAGUGCUUGGGUUUCAUUUUAAAUGGAUUAAACAAUUAUAUUGUGAACAUAUUGAAAUAUUUAGAAGCUAACUAUGAUCUGUCAUUACGUCAUAUAUGCACUCUACUCAAGACGAUUUUGAACGUGGCUGUUAAGGAAUUCGGAGAACAAGGAAAGAAAGAAGAGCUAAGCGUAGUCCUUUGUUCUGUUAUGAAAGUAUGUUUAAACGCGCUUCAAGGAAUUCAUCAUGUGCAGUUCACAGCGAUGGCAAUAAUCAAUAGAGUUAUUGAUAUUUCCGUACAAUAUAAUGUGACUUUUAUCAAAGCUGUCGAAUCGGAUUAUUUACAUCAUCCUCACUACAUUUCAGAAAUGAACAAGUACAAAUCGAACAAGGACGAAUCUCUUUUUGGCGACGAUAAAACGAAAGUGAUGGGGUCCAACAAGAAAUUCGCUUCGAUGUGGCGGUACUUCAUCGGUGAACAGGCAUUCAGCGCCAAGGCAGGAAACUUGAAAACAAACAAGAACACCAGCGAAAGCGUGAUCGGAAUUUUAUCCGACACAAACGUUUUAUCGAUUAUCAACGUGUUGCACAACUCGCUCACUCUGUACAAAAGAGUGAUUGGAAGUAAACGUCUAUGCUCACCGAGCCACAGAUCCAGUCAAUGCAGUUACCACUGCUUACAGAUAUUGAGCGCUCGGACUUUGCUGUUCAUGUCGCUCAAUGAGGAGGUGAAAAGUGAACUGGUGAAGGAACCGCAACUAAAGAUAUUGGCUGCUUCGUUAGAAUCUACCAACGAUCCGCAACUACUCGUGUUGGUGUUGCAAAUCGUAGCGUCUAUUGCAUUGAAUACAAAACAUCACAAAGAGUUGAUAGAUCGAGAUAUUCCCAACGUUUUGAAUCAACUACUACUUCCAUCUGAUGAAUGGUACUAUACGAAUCACAGUGACAAAUACGGUCGCUAUGUGAAACACCAUGCGGCUAGAGUGUUGGUGUAUUUAGGGUUCUCAUAUCGAAUUAACAUUUCUGUUUUCGAUAUGUUUCAAGAUCUACAACCACAACUUCCUAUAUUUAAAACACACGAAGACAAUUAUAUUUCAGUGACAUCAUUAUCUCCGAGUUAUGUAUUAUCAUCCGAUCAGUCAAAGCUGUUAGGUGUGUCAAUAGAAACAGCAAUUAUAAAUGUAUUAAAAGAAAUCGAGCAAUCAUUGAAUCAGAAUACUACACCAUCUGAAGUAUUUACAUUACACUGGGCAUUGAACGGGAAAUCAUAUAGUCUCUUGGAGAAUAAUGAAAAACUCGAUGAAAGGAAGUACCCGACGGACGUGCGUUCCUCGUUGUUCGUGCAGACGUUUGUUGCAUGUGCCGCCAGCGCCGUGGACCCCGUGUUGUUGAUCCGUUUGCUCUCCAACCGUCUGGUCACCACACCGCUGUACCCCAGGAACAGUUCCAGCAUCACGUCCAUGUCGGGGCAAGACGCGUUCCCGCCCAGGACUUCGAGGAGCCGAGCUUCAUCCACCGACACGAGUGCCAGCACCCGCAGGAAACGCUUCAAUUUGAGUUUGGAUACUACAAAGUGUUAUGGCUACGAUGCAGUCGACGGGAUUCCUCUCAAAGGAAAAUCGAAAUCAACUGGUAUGCAUACACGACGUCGGCGGAGCAGUUCUAGCAGUGCCGGCGGUUUCGGCAUCGAACCUGCGCUUCAAGCGACUUUCAACGCGUUUUCAAACAUGAUCAAACAUGACGUAUUCAAAGAUAACACAACGAGUCCGGAUAUAGACAAUUACGAAUACAGAAACUCUAGUGCUUCCUUGACAUCAACUAAAGGAUUAUCCGGAGGAUUCAACUUUCAAUUUCCUCCAAGAAAUCGUCCAUCUAUAAAAUCAACCAAUAUUCGUAAUAUUAUUAACGAGAGAUCGAAAUCGCAAGCUAAUAUUAUGAAGGUAAGAGGAGACUCCUACCAACAAACGCCAGAACAAGAAAUCUUAGCAUUUCAGAAACAGUUGCAAAAUUUACCAGACUUGGACUCACCAAGUCAUGUACAUUCUAGACGCUUACCAUUGGAUUCUGGGUUUACAACAGCAGCUGAAUUUGCGCCAAUUACCAGGCCACGAUCUAGAUCCAUGCCUCGGGUUGCUUAUGAAUCAAGCCGUUAUUUGACUCUUCCAGACUCAUUCCCAUUCAACUGUCGUUUGCCUAGAGGUCGUUCGGCAGGCACAUUAGGAUUUCAGACGGAAUAUCAUGGACCGUGCGGGCCGAUGGUCAUAUCCAACCAAGCAUUUUCGGCGUACAACAGCUACCCGGUAAACAGUAAUGACACGAGUGGUAAUGCGGCAUGCAGCAGCAGCGUCGCCGGAGGUGUUUGCGGCGCGGGCGCCCUUUCCUCGGGCUCCGGAAACACGUACAACAGCAGGAGAAGCUCGUACUCGCCCAGUGACAAGUCGAGAGGAAGGGACAGCAUAGCGUACACUCACGGCAAUGAUAUGCCCAUUGCAAUCACUCCGUGGCACAGGAGCAUCCUAAUUCUAUUCGAGACAUGGUUAAGAACAUCCAAAACUGAACUAAAUGAACAGCAUUCCUUGUGUGUGGAAAUGAGAGAAUUCAUGCGUAUUGUGAAUCACAUAGGAGGAGAAUAUUCCCAGUGGUACAUUGAAAUGGUUACCGAAUUCAAGGAGCUUUCCAUCGAAAUCGAAAAUAAAGAAAGAGAUACUGUAAUGGAUUUGAACAAGGAAUAUUUAAAGUUGCAGAGCGCAGUGGUGGCCGGCACAUUGCACUGCAGCGUCGACGAAGCGAUCGGUUUGGCCGGGUUGCAGUUCCGCAUCGAGAAGAUCUCGGAACAGAACAACCGCACGCCGGACAGCCUGGCCGCGAACAGCCCGGACUCGCUGCUGGACGGCGGCGGCCCGUGCUCCGUGCUGCAACCCAUAUCCGAGGACAAGGAGCACUAUCUGCAGAUGGACGUGCCAGCGUCCGCGUCGCCGCCAAGGCAGCCGGACGACGACGACGGCCACGACGACGGCCGCGACGACGACCAUGAAGACGGCAACGACGUGGACAACGCGGACAACGCGGACAACGGGGACAACGCGGACAACGCGGACAACGCGGACAACGGGGACAUCCCGAACGCCGUGUUCGACGCGAACGCCGUGUUCAACGCGGUCACCAGCCCGACCGUCACCGAUGAGCCAUCCACCACGAGGAUGCGUGACUUCUUCUUGCGCAUGUGUCGGCGCUCCUACGCACAGCGCCGGCACAAGAACGUGCCGGAACGUGACCCGUUCGGCAUCGUGCACAAGGUGCACCUGUACGUGCCGCCGGACUACCGGAAGCCCACCAACACGGCCAAGUUGAUCAAGGAAUUGAAAAAGGUGGUCAACCACACAAUAUUGAAUGACUCCGAAUUGCAAUUGAAAAAAAUUUAUAUAGAGAGAUGUAAACGUCUGCCGGCAUUCGGUUGCAACCUGUAUUUUGUCAAGGAAGUUCAACGUGGUAGGACAAAAACUAAGGCUGCACGUUUGUUGGGGCUGAGUUUCGAUAAAAUUAUAUUGCUUGAUAAUAAAACCAAAAUUUUAUCCAAGUGUCAAAAUACGCAAGACUUACUUCAGUGGCAAACGGUGUUUAGAAGAAAGCGAAAUAAAGUGUCUUUCGAAUUUCGUAAUUCUAAGUGGACUUUGGGCACACCAACUGAACGGUCAUUACGUGAUAUAGAUUUUGUAUUGUUGCAAAUUCUUCAAGAGAUUGAUAGCAACUUUUUAGAGCUGCAUUCUGUUAUUACACCACCUCAGCUCCCUAAACCAUUGGAACUUGGAGAGAUAAUCCUGGACGACACUGUUGCAACUGAAUUAGACACGCUACGGCGGAUAUUACAUUUCCCCGAAGAGGUAGCACUACUGAUAAGUAAUAAAGAAAACGAUUUAUUCUACGACGUCCCGCCGCUGGAUUUCUUGCGUCAAGUGACUUUAGAUCAAGACGGAACAAACGUUUGUAAUACGUCUGUUAAAAAACUCAUUGACAGAUUUAAUGCAGUAAGCUCAUGGACAACGCAUCUUAUACUUACUCGACCAACGUACGAAGACCAAAAAGCCAUAUUGUCUUGCUUGUUGAGAGUGGCCAAAGAAUGUUGGAACAUUGGAAAUUUCAAUGGUGCUAUGGAGAUUAUAGCCGGACUCAAGUCGGAGAAAAUAAAGUUGUUCAUGCAGGCAGUAUUAGAAAACGAAAAGGUGCCUUUAUUCCAUUUUCUCACGGACGCACUGUUGUCAGCCCCACAGUACGAGAAUAUUCUGCAGAAGGCACUGGCCAUACCCGACUGUCCCGUGAUACCUUUUUUCGGGUCUUUCAUGCGCGAAAUAAGGAAGAUCAUGAAGGAGACGCCCAGCAAUAUCGUACUGACUGAUCAAGAUGGAAAGUUUCUGAGCGAGACUUUUUCCGAACAUGAAUACUUAGAUGGAUAUACUACUAUGCUCGGAUUAGACGGAAUCGUUAACAUGGAAAAAAUCUACAAGGUCCAAGCGGUACUGGAAGAAUUAUCAAAUUUCCAUCGACAUUAUUUUGAUCGAAAAACGUAUUCAUCGAAGGUAAAAGCAUUACAAGAGGGUGAAACACUAGAAGAAAUUGAAGAAGAUUCUGAUCAAAAAUAUGUUCCAAUCCAAUCAUUGGCUUAUGAUUACGGUGUUUCAUUAAUACCUCUUCCAAAAUCUCCAAAUUCCAAAGAUUUUAUAAUUGGUCAUCAUGACUUACAGAUACUGCAUCAUGGUGCCACUGUUGUCAAUUGGACUGCUGAUGCUGGAAGCAACAGAUCUGCUCGCAUUUUCAUGCGAUUGGAGAGAAACUGCUCAACGUUGACUUGGGGAAAAACAUCAUGGAGUGCGUUGAAGAGAACUUCUGGCACUCCGGACUUUUCAUUAAAAGCCGAUCCUGAAGACUGUAUACCUAACGCUCUUCGUAACAGAUCGUCUGUAGAUUGUACAUCGGUUGUGGGACUUCAAGAAGGUUAUUUGGAAUUGUCUUGUGUCAGAGACAUAUUUAUUGGCAAUGCAGUUGGCAGAGACCGAGUAAAAACUGAUGGAAUGACAAUAUUGAGAAAAUAUAAUUUGCACAAUUAUUCAAUAUCGGAAUGCUGUUUAGGACUUGUUUAUGGAAAUAAUACAAGCGAAAACCGCAUACUUUAUAUCUUAGCACCACCCAUGAUAUUAAGCACUUGGCAUGAUGGACUUCAAAAAGUGAUAAAAAAACUUCGAGAGGUUAUCAAAACAGUUGACAAACGUACAAUAUGGCUUAAAAACAACUAUAUACAACAAUAUCUCAUUUCGGCUGGUCGUGGACCAAUGACAUCCGACGCAAUACGCUUAUUCGGUGGUAGAGAUUGGUCAAUGGCCGGAAAUGGGACUAGUAAUCCUUCACCAGAGAUAAGCAUUGCUAAACGGGCGGCUUCCAUGAGAUUUAGGAAGAAGAAAUCGGUAGCCAGCGUGUCGAACGACGGAUUGCUUAAACCUUACGACGUCAAUGACUUGUACAACAAGUCUCGAGUGGAUUUGACCGGCAGUGCUGGAAACUCGCCAUCUACAUCCCACAGUCAGACAGAAGAUGAUAAAAAACAGGAAAGCUUGGAUAAAAACAUAGUGGUCGAGUCAUCAAUUACCAUCGGUGAUAAAACAAUUCAAAAACCAAAAGAGUCAACUAUGAGUGACAUACAUAAUUCAACGAUGACGCCAAAUAAUUUGCAAUUGGACUUUGAUGAUUUUGGUUCUCUUUUUGACAGUUUCAAUUUGAGAAUGCGAAAAGAUCUUCGAGACAUUUUUGAUCAAAUACGAUUGAACAGCUAUGGAACAAACAGACUAACGGAUGAAAAAAAUACACAUAAUAACAACAAUAGUACAACUUUGUUGGUACCAAGAAUUGCAUCUGAUCAACCUCAAACUUCAAAUGGAACAAGCAAAAAUAGUGGACCAAACUUAAUGCAACCAACAAGUACUGUUGUUCAAAAGAAACGCAUAUUCGAUGCUAUUGCUGCAUCCAGCAUUAUAUCAAACAGCUCUGGUGUAGAGACAUCACGAUCGGCGGCUACUUGGACAAUUAAUGAACUUAUUCAUUUCUUAGAGAAUAAGCAGAUGACACCUUGUACAGAAAAAGAAGCUCGUAUAUUGAUUCAGACUCAUGAACCCGAUCCAGAAAUCAGUGCACGCAAUUGUCUCUCCUUCGAAGGAUUCGCGAAGUAUAUGAUGUAUAAAGAAAAUAGCGUUUACAACGAAACGGACUCAGUGAUUAUAGAAUCUGACAUGAACUAUCCUCUGUCUUGUUAUUACAUAGCUUCAUCUCAUAAUACAUAUCUCACGGGACACCAGCUUAAAGGCGAAUCAUCAAUUGAUCUUUAUAGUCGAGUGUUAUUAGCUGGUUGUCGUUGUGUUGAGUUAGAUUGUUGGGAUGGUGAUGAUGGUAAUCCACUGAUCUAUCAUGGCCAUACUUUUACAUCAAAAAUACCAUUUCUUGGAGCUGUUGAUACUAUUAACCGACACGCGUUCGUAUCAUCGCCAUAUCCAGUCAUAUUGUCAAUUGAAAACCAUUGUUCGUUGGUCCAACAAGCUCGUAUGGCAGAAAUAUUCGAAAACGUUUUUGGUGAAAAACUCGUGACGGGCUUUAUGUUCGAAUCGGAUUACGAACCACAGUUACCAUCACCAAAUCAGUUGAAGUAUAAGAUUCUGAUAAAAAAUAAGAAGAUUGCGUCAUCGGAAACCGAAGUGAGUCGACCGAGAACUAACAAUAGUAUAACGAAAAGUUCGCAAGGAGCCUCGACUUCGGCGGCCAGUCAUCAUACCAAUGUUGGACCACAUAGAAGUAGCUCUACUAGUGCAGGUACAACUACUAAUGACGAUGUGAUUACCAUCGUCGAGGAAGAAGAAGAUUAUUAUAAUGAUGACGACUAUGAAGAUUAUGACGAUGAAGACGAAGUUGAUUUUAAAAAAAUUCGGGUGGAUAAGCUUGGCAGAAUUCGAUAUAAAUUGGGCUCAAAAUCGAAUGAAAAAGGUACCGAUGACGACGCUUCUAAGAAUAAAAAGCACAAUAGCCAGAUUGCUAAAGAACUCUCCGAUAUAGUGAUAUACGUCCAGGCGAUCAAGUUCAGCGGCUUGAACAAAAUAAGCCCUAGCAACUCGGUAAAGAACAAGCGGAAGACGGACGGCGUGACGGCCGGUAUGUCGUCCACGAUGUCGGCGGGCACCGCGGCAGCGGCGUCGCCUGCGGUGGCCGAGCACCAUCACGGUCGCGGCGGGCCGUCGGUGAACGUGCACCACCCGUGCUACAAGUGCUCGUCGCUGACGGAGAGCUCGGCGAAGAAGCUGACCAGGAAACGGCCCACGGAACUGCUGGCACACUCGGAGACGCAGCUGGUGCGCGUGUACCCGGCCAGCAUGCGCAUCGACUCGUCCAACUUCAACCCGCUGAACUUCUGGGCGUACGGGGUACAGAUGGCCGCGCUCAACUACCAGUCGGACGAGGCGACCGCGUCGCACGUCAAUGCGGCCAUGUUCGAGCAGAACGGCCGGUGCGGGUACGUGCUGAAGCCGCGCGUGAUGCGCGACCCCACGCACGCCUUGUACCGGCGGUUCGACCCGACCGAGGAGUGCUUCGACGGGCUGAACCCGAUCUGCUUCAGCGUGUGCGUGGUCUCGGGCCAGUACAUGUCGCCCGCGGUAUGCAGCCAGCGCGUCAGCGUGUACGUGGAGGUGGAGGUGAUCGGCAUACCCAUGGACAGCAUGAAGAUGCGAUCGAAGACGGUGUACUACAACUCAAUGAACCCCGUGUGGAACGAGACGUUCACGUUCCACGUUCUGUUCGACGAGCUCGCGUUCGUCCGGUUCGUCGUCGUCGAGUCCGGCACUAACCAUACGCUCGCGCAGCGCGUCGUGCCGCUCAAGUGCAUGCGCUACGGGUUCCAGCACGUAAACAUGCGCACCACGCACAACCGGCCGCUGCCGCUCACCACGUUGUUCGUGUACACGCGGUGCACGGACGGCGGCCCCGACGGACUGGCCAACCACCAUCGGGACUCGGUGACGCCCGCGCCCGACGCGGACAACGGCACCGCGCACCACUACGGGCCGAUGCCCAAGCGCAAGACGUUCUAUGUGAUGGUGUACGGCGUGUUCUCCGAGAACACGUACGUCAUGUUUAAGGUGACACAAGACAGCACGGCCACGGACGUCAUCAAGCAGGCGAUAGAAAAGCGGGACGAGAGCGACGACGAGACGUCGUCGUACGUGCUGCUCGAGGAGGUGGGCUACAAAUGGGACGGGCUUAACGCCGCUCCGGCCGACCGAUCGCCAUCGUCGUUGUGCGCGCUCAGCGACUGCUUCGGUUGGGUACCGACCAGACGAAGGAACACCGAGCGCAAGCCGAAGAGGAAGACGUACCGGCGCAUCGGAUGGAAGAGCGGUGACGCGCAAAUGGUCCAGCGCGUGUUGGCGUUCGAUGAGAAGCCGCUACAGGCGCAGUCCGGCUGGAAGGGUGACGGGUACUUCGUGCUGAAGAAGAUCGGCGACGACCCGAGCAGCCGGUCGUGGCUCAUAUCGCUGCAAUCGCGCAAAUCGAAGAAGGGUAAAUCGUGGGAUGAAAUACAAACAUUCUUGGUGUGCAUCUACAACGUGUCCGAGGAACGGUCGUACGUGAUCCUCAAAGUUCCGAUCAGCUCGACCGCACAGGACAUAGUGGCGCAAAUAUUGGUAAAGGCUAGGCGCAUGGAGAACCCGAUGCUGUUCAUAUUAGUCGAGGAACAACAGUGGACCAAGACGGACAUCAGGUACAGGGUGUUGGACGACGACGAACUGGUGUACAAAACGCAAAACCAGUGGUCCCGGGUAGGCCGGUUCGUGCUAGAGGAACGGUAUUCGCAGGACGACCCACCGGAAGGCUACCAAGGACUGAUGUCUAUGACGUCACACGCCAUCCGUACGUUUUCGCGUGUCUGCCGACUACGACGAGGCUUGGCCAUGUUUGGUCAGCGAUGGAGGGCUUGCGGUCUUCCAAUGUUUCCGGGUCAGUUCACGCAGCGCCCUGAGAACUUCCGGGACAUCGUCAUAUGGGAGGCGGCCCAGGCCCACAAGAAGAUGUUGGCUAAGCGCGAGCGGACGUUGCGUGCCAACCUGGAGAAGGGUGGCAGUGGUGACGGCGGUGGCGGCCUGGAACGUGGUUGCGACGACGAGGGCAGCGGCGGCGAGGAUGCCGAAGAAAGCACUUCCACAGGGUUUUUCAAGGCACCGGCCCGGUUGUUUGGUUUUUGGAGGUCCUGACAUAGGCUUUUCUGCUUCAGAAGAAGAACACGUGCCCGACAAAUCGUGGGCACAAUGGUAUAAAUGAAACGAUAUAUUUUAUAGUAUUUUAUCAUAAUACAUACGAACAUAAUUCACGUAUAACGAGUAUAUAAUAUACAUAAUGUACUAUUAACCGUUCCAGAUAUGGUAAUAAUACCCGGAACGUUUGCUUAAAUCCCGGUCCUAUCCUGUAUUUUAAUCAAAAAACCAAAAAAAUAAAUACAUAUAUUUUCCUCCAGUCCGCUGGGUGUUCUUCAUUUCUCUUCACAGGGAAUCGCAACAUUUUCAGGGUGUAUGUAAAUAAGUCAUUAGUACUUAUAAUAUUUCCAAUAAAAUUAUAUAAUAAUAUUAUAUAAUAUUAUACUCUGUUCUUUCGUUCAUUUUGCGUUUGUUUAGUUUGUUUUGGGCUUUUAAUAAUGGCUUUUAUCUAUGUUUAUUAAAACUUUUAUUUAUUGGAUGAAUACUCUCAAUUAUACUAUACUUAACUAUACGAAGCUAUUUAUUCAAUGUAGCUACAGACCAGAAUUGUAACAAUUUGUAACUGAACUACAAAUAUUUAUGUCAAAAGGUAUUCUCCAUUUUCAUUCAUUUCGAUAACUAAUUUUCAAUUAUACCCUAAACAUUCAGUUGUAUAAGAUCAAUGAUUGAAAUUAAAUAAUUUAUCAGUUUUGGUGAAUACUCAAUAGUUCUCUUUAUCCUUUAUCUUGUAGUCGUAUAUUAUAAUAUUUAACCAUUAUAUCAUAUUAAUACCAUUUAGUUGUAUAAUACUGUCAUGUGUGUAAGUCCUAGAAAAACCUCCGUGAAUCUAGUCAUUUUAUUUGUACAAUUAUUAGAGUGUAUUUACAUCAUUAUUUCUAUUUAUUAUUUAAG